UUAAACCUCGGUCUCAUCGACACGCGUAUACAUACCACCACGCCAGCUUUGAAUGAUGGUUUAUUAUAUUAUUGAUUCACUUUCAGCCAUUUCUGAACGAAAAUAACCGUCAAAAAUUUAAUUUAAACAUAUUCGUAAUAUUGUGUUAACUGUUUUUAGAACUUAAUUUAAACAUAUUGUCUAACUGCUUUUCCGGUGUUAUUAAAUACCUUCAAUCCAAAACAGAGCAACGCCACAGAAAAUGUUUUUAAACCUAAUAUCAAUCGAUUUUUGCGAGGAUUUUGUAUGCCAUUCAAAUUUACGCUCAAUUUGCUCCUUUAGAACCUCAACAACUUUUGAGAUGAAUUCAAAUUUCUUUGAACUUUGAUGCAGUCGUUUCCGCCAAUACAAUCUUUCCCAGCUGGCGCAAAAAUGUUAAUGAAAUGCAACUAUGGUCUGUGAACUUGAUAUUCGACGACAAUCUUAUAAUUAUUCUAAUAAUUCCUUUUUUGAGUUGUUUUUCACUUGAUUGCGUUGUUUUUCUAUUAUUUGAAAUAAUAACUCGUUCGGCCAUCUUGAGGUUAAAAAACAUCUCGAUGAAGCAAAGUAUUUAAAUAUAAUUAUUAGAAAAGAACGCUAUCCAAAGAUCACCGCUAUGAACUAGACAUUUCCAUAAAAUCAUAUUUGCAUACCAACUUUUUGAACUUAGCCAUCUCAUCGCUUGAAACAGUGGCGGAGGACAGAAACUCCCAAUUUUUUGCCGGUCUCAAGCUUACAUUUUAUUACGCAUUCAUUCUGCUUCAAUUGUUUCGUCUCACCCCACGCAAUGGCCUCUAUCAGCAGGUUGACUUACCAAAUGCUGUUGGUGUUGACAACCUUCUGUCUUUUUAAUCUCACAAUAAUUCUGAGGUAUUUUUCCAAAAGGGAAAACCAGGAGAAUCUGGAAAAUUAUUUCACUGGCACAGGUUCCUCCGGACUAUCUCAUGAAAGGUCUGUGGGCGAAAGUCUAACUUUCGGAAGAUUUUCUCCCGAAGACGACGUGGACAAUCUUGUGGAAAAAAGGGGCGAGCACGUCAGAGUGCCAGAUGGAGGAGUCCUGCGAGAUCCCCCUGCGGCUACAAUUGCCGUUGGCAAGGUGACCUUCGAGAACCCACAUGUUGUAUUGGCAGUGGACUGGAAGAAGGACGUGAACGUGUCUUCCCUGCCGUGGGCCAAGUCUAUUUUCCACCUGGACGAGAGAGAUCUGCCCAGUCAACUGCAGACCAAACAACCAGUUAAAGAGUGUCCAGAUAAAAAAUACGACCCAUCAGCAGUUGAGAUGUGUUGUGAGAUAGUGUACUUCAUUGGCAGCUACAAGUGUGGAUCAACCACACUGGCCAUCCAACUGAAGCACCAGAUAAACAACACGGAGAAGUAUGACCCAAACAGUGGCUUCAUAGAUGCAGGCAAGGAGCCAUGCUGGGCCAUGAGUGGCAGUGUGAAGAAAGUACCGCCUUCCGUCAAUGGAUGUAAGAGUUGUGGGGCGGGUGAGCCUGGGACUCCGCAGCCAGUGAAGAGGAACCUUCUGGACGCCUGUCCCUACUAUACUGGAACCAGUGCCAAGGCUAUCUUCUGCAGUAAUCCCAAUGCCAGACUAGUGAUGCUCCUCAGAGACCCCUACGACAGAGUGCUUUCGCAAUAUAACAGCGAUGUUCGCAGGCGAAAUCUGAAAACACCAGUUGACACUUUCAUCUCAAAUAUGUCAAAUCUCAGACAUUCCAACUACUACAGCAUACUCUACGAAUUUCUACGUUACUUCCAAGCAUCCCAAAUCCUUUUAGUGCAAACCGAAUCCCUGACAACGCAACCACAAGAAACAGUGGAUCAAGUGAGAGUUCAUUUUGGGAUGGAGACGAGAAAAGUCAACCCAUUUUGGGGCAAUAAAGGUCAGGGAGACAAAACUUACACUGAUCCGAGUAAGAAAAUAAAUGAAGAGGUGUUAAAGAAAAUAUCAGGAUGGAACGAGCAGUUCUUCAAGUUGAUUGGUGCUAAGUACAACUGGAAAAUGUUUGUUGAUGAUGCCAGCCAAUGAAUAUUUUUGGACAUUGCCUCCUCUUUCAUGCCUUUUUAUGUCUUUUCUAUUGUUUUGUUAUUAUUCAUA